UGUUCCUAUCAGUAUUUAUCAUUUUCUUUGUAGAUAAUGGAAUUUAACCCAUUAUAUUUGAAAUACUUGUUCCUUGCACAAUGCUUCUGUGUUUCUCUUGGAUUAAUUGAGGGUGGCACAAAAUUUACCAGGAAGAAUCAACCAGUAACUUUUGAAUGUCCUCUUGAAAAGCAAAACCUUAAACACUGGCGAAUUGAUAGAUACAUCAUUAGCAGAACUGCUAAAACUGAAUACUUUGAAGCAAAUGUGCUUCCUAACAAUGUCAGGAUCAUAAACAUCACACUUCUUCAAAAUAUUGAGCAAAUAAUUGUUUGUGAAAGCACCACUGGUGAGAAGACAAGAUUUCAUGCAAAACCAUUAUUCACCCUGUCGACCUGAUUGUUCCACCACCAUAUCACCUUUGAUCUGGCAAAAGCUUUGCUCCAACCACAAAUCAUCA